AUGAUCGAAGCCGUGCGGGACUCCUUGCUGACUCCAUUCUUCCACCAAUCGCUAGGAGGACUGGGAUUCUCAGACCGCGGUGGCCGUGGUGGCGGCCGCGGGGGUGGAGGCAGGGGAGGUGGUAGAGGUGCCUCCCGAGGCCGUGGAGGCCGUGGAGGUGGAAGGGGUGGUGCCGCGGGCGCCAAGGGCGGUGCCAAAGUUAUCAUUGAACCCCAUCGUCACCCCGGUGUUUUCGUCGCACGUGGAGGAAAGGAAGAUCUUCUGGUCACCAAGAACUUGACCCCAGGCGAAUCGGUAUAUGGUGAAAAGCGUAUCUCCGUCGAAUCAAACCAACCUACCACCAGCGGUGAAACCCCCGCUGCUACCAAGGUCGAGUACCGUGUGUGGAAUCCCUUCCGCAGCAAGUUGGCCGCCGGUAUCCUGGGUGGUCUUGACGACAUCUACAUGCGCCCCGGGUCGAAAGUACUAUAUCUCGGUGCCGCCAGCGGAACUUCCGUCAGCCACGUCGCUGAUCUGGUUGGACCCACCGGAACCGUCUACGCUGUUGAGUUCUCGCACCGCUCAGGCCGCGACCUGAUCGGAAUGGCUACUCACCGCACAAAUGUCAUCCCCAUUGUCGAAGAUGCCCGUCACCCACUGCGCUAUCGAAUGCUGGUUGGAAUGGUUGAUGUGAUCUUCGCGGACGUUGCGCAGCCUGACCAGGCUAGAAUUGUUGGUCUCAAUGCCCAUCUCUUCCUGAAGGCUGGUGGCGGUGUCAUUGUCAGCAUCAAGGCAAACUGUAUCGACAGCACGGCCAAGCCAGAGGUAGUCUUCGCACGAGAAGUCCAGAAGAUGAGAGAGGAGAAGAUAAAACCAAAGGAACAGCUCACACUAGAACCUUUCGAGCGUGACCAUUGUAUAGUUGCUGGUAUCUACCGGGAGUCUUGA